AUGGCGAGCUGCGGAGCCGCUUGUCACCUGGAGGACGGAGAUGGAGAUAUCCCCGCCCCUGAUGAAAAAGGCAGUCUGGCUGAAAGCGACAGCAGUAGCCCAGAGAGCACGGGAACGUCCACAGAGGAGAGCUCGGAGGAAGAGGACGAUGAAGAUGAAGAGGAUUCUGAGGGCUGCGCUGAGAAGGAUGGAGGAGAGGGAGAGACUGACGAACCUGAUGCUGAGGAUUCUACUAAUGAGCCAACCACUGGACCUGAAGCAGACGGUUCUAAUGGGAAAGACAAGAUGCACUUCAUAUUAUGCUGUGAAAAAUGCAAAGCCGUCCAAAAGAGCCAUGGUUAUGAGCAGGUUACCCCCAGGAGGAUCUCCAAGGGACGUUUACAGGUACAGCUGGAAGGAGAGGGUACAUUUGAGUGCUCCGUCACAGGCCUGGUGUUUGAAGUGUCAGAGCCGGUUCUGAUACGCUACUCGGUCCUGUCCUGGUCCAAGUUCGGCAUGUUCCUGCGGGAUUCCUGGAAGUUUGCUGGACCCAUCUUCAAUGUGGACACGGUCAACAAGGAUGCGUCUGUCCUGAAAUCCAUCCAGUUCCCCCAUUCCCUGUGUCUGGCAGACCCGGACAAUGAGAUGACGUUCAGCGUCCUACACAUCAAGAACAACCGUCCAGUCAUCGAACCAACGGCGGACCACUCAGGCAGCCACGUUAAGUGGUGUGUGUCCUCCCUGUCCCCUGUCGGUCCCAUUGUUCAGACCAGCCAGUCUGUUGAGCACCACGGGGUCGUGCUCGUGUACAAGAUGCUGGGCAACAAUGACGACAACAGCAGCUACAGCUUCCGCAUCUAUCUGGCCACCAACAACUCCUCCGAUAUCAAGGAUAUAGCCAAGGAGCUGCGCACCUCAAAGAGGCGCUACAUGAAGAUAGAGAAGCCUCCCACCUGUAAGCUAUAUGAGAGGAGUUACCGCCUCUUGAGCGAACCAGAAGGGGAGAUCGGCCCAGAGGACUUGACAUUUACGCUUGCGGUAACCAAACUUAAAGGCUACUUUGAGGCCCUGUUUGAGCAGCCUCCUCCCUUCAAAUUGUCUCUUAUAGAGACUGAUACAGACCAGAUUGUGUGGUCUGCUACCAUCAGAGAAGGUGACUGUUUAGACAACACAGUGGAAAAGCCAAGGAAAAGAACUGAUAGCAGAAAGCGGAGCAGCAGUGCAUCAGAGGAAGAAACAGCCAGUAAAAGAGCUCGAUGGCAAGAUGAGUCAGAUGGAGUGAAGACAGUCCUGUCCCCGGGCCAGGACAUCACAGAGAAGCAGCUCCUGCAGGUGGCCAAGCGGCUGGGGAAGGAGUGGAAGCAGGUGGCCAUCUAUCUUGACCUGACCUCCCGGGACCUGGAGGACAUCCAAGCAACAGAGAAAGACGUGACCAUGCAGAAGCUGAAGAUGCUGGUGGAGUGGAAGAAUAGAAAGCAGCAAGGAGAGGCCACGGCGCUCAACCUGUGUAAGAGUCUGGAGGACCUGGAGGACCUGCCGAAUGAGGUGUAUCAGAUACUGAAAGACAUGACAACAACACAUUAACCAAAUGAGACGGGUGACCCUUGGAUGUCUGUUGCUCGAUCAUGAAGAAGAAAAAGGCUCAGGAACACAGUACGGCAAGGUCGGCCACUGCUCCCGACUCACUGAAUCUCUGCGUAUGAACAGAUCUUCCUUUGCUGCCUAAGACAGCAUGGUUUUAUGUUUCUGUUCUGAACAUUUUCUCCAAAAUUUUGUAGUGCAUUGAUUGAUGAGUUUUUGCAAAGCCACAUUUCACGAGACGGUCCACUGUCUUAAACUUGAAUGGGCAUUUUUUCAUUAGAAUUAUGUUUCAUUUUUUUUUCAUUAUUAUGUUCAGAGGUAGUCCCUUUGUCCUGCAAUGAAAGCAGGAUCACUAAGCUCGAGUUUAAGGUUUCUCUUUGUACCCAGAAAUGGAUACUAUGGAUUAUCAGGAACAGAAAUGGCCAGUAUACGGAGGUCAUUUGAAUAUUUGGUAGCUAAUUAUGUAGCCAGUUCUAGAGGCAAAUGUAGGUGCUGCAAUGUUGAAACUACAAAAUGGGCAAAAAUCCCAACUGUCUUCUAAACCCGUGUUUUUUGUUUCACUUUGCUCUGGUAUGCUACUGGGACUUUUUGUAAACAAUUAGGCGUUACCACUAACCUACAUUUGGUUGACCAAAGCAUAACAGAUUUGAUAGUUUGUGUCUUAUACAUGUCUUGAUAUGUCUUUGUACUUUUUACACUUCUUUGUUUUCUACUAUGUACAUAUCUUUUUUUUUUUACCGCCAUUUAAAAGAAAACAAUAUUUGUCUUUGUAUGUAUAUACAGUAUGUUUGUUUAUAUGAUUUAUUCGACAACACUGAACCUGCAAAACUAGUUUGAGCUGUCUGAGAAGGGAUAAUUAUGUUUAUUUCAUUUUGCUUGAAUUACGAAACCAUUCCUGCCCUUGUGUGAACUAAGACUGACUAAGAAAGAAAUGAUGCACAUUUGGAUUCAGGACUGAAUUUAAAUAUAUCUACACGACCUAUAUCAGGGACAGCUGGCAACAUUCACAUCUCUUUUACCAGUAAUUUGAUUAAUAGCUGUAGAGCUUUGACCAAUCAAGGCUUGAAACAUGACAGAUGCUGUAAACUGCAUGUGAAAAUCAAAAUGAUUUCAACAUGGAUUUGCUUGACAUACAGCACAUGUACACAGUAGUUUUGCUGAGCUUUUAAUUUACAGGUAAUUUUUUUUUUUUUUUUUUUUUUUAAUUUUUCAUUCCAAGGUCCAAAUAACACCCUUUAUAAUGCUGCAUGCCAAAUAUCUCAAGGGUAGUUUGAAUUAGCAGCUGAAAUGAUAAUUGGGAACAUGUGAAAUGUUGAGAGUUUUUGGGUUCUCCAUCCAUUUUGAAAACUUUAAUGCAAUAAUGUUUACAUUCAGACAAGAGGACCUUUUCUAAACAAUUUACUACAAAUGCUCCAAUCCUUACUUUUUGCACUUCUUUGAUAAAUGAUGCAUCAUGUUUUUUGGUCCCUCUGAGGAUUCUGGAUAUAAUGUUUAAAGAAGCACAA